AUGGCAUUAUUUAAAGUUGAAGGCUGGAACAUCGAUUCCAAGGAAAUCCGUUUUGAUGCUGCUAGAAAAGAUGGUAAAGUGAAGAAGAGUCGUAAGGAACGUAAGGAAUACCAACAGAAGCUAGCUGAGCAGAGACGUAAUGGAGGUGCAUCAGAGGUAGCUGAAAAGAAUAAGGAGGAAGAAAAAGCUGACUUUGAAGUAGAAGAUGAUGGAGAGACCGAAACACCAGCUGAGGAAAAGAAGCCAGUUGAGAAGAAACAGAAGAAGAGAAAGGCCGAAGAAGUAGAGUCUACCUCGCAAGCUGUUACGACGACUAAGAAACCAUUGACAGCUUUGCAGCAAAAGAUGCUUGCUAAGCUAACGGGCUCGAGGUUCAGAUGGAUUAAUGAGCAGUUGUACACGAUAUCAUCGGAUGAAGCUUUGAAACUAAUAAAAGAACAGCCACAAUUGUUCGACGAGUACCACGAUGGAUUCAGAUCGCAAGUUCAAUCGUGGCCUGAGAAUCCAGUUGAUGUGUUUGUGGAGCAAAUUCGUUUCAGGGCCAACAAACCAGUGAAUGCUCCAGGUGGGUUACCUGGUUUGAAGGACAAGACCAUUGUUGUUGCGGAUAUGGGAUGUGGUGAAGCGCAAUUGGCAUUAGAUAUCAACAACUUCUUCAAAGACUACAAUAAGAAGGCCAAGAAGUUCAACAAGAGAAGUUGUAAGGUACACAGUUUCGAUUUAAAGAAGGCUAAUGAAAGGGUUACCGUUGCAGAUAUCAAAAAUGUGCCAUUGGCUGACGAAUCGUGUACCAUUGUAGUUUUCUGUCUAGCGUUAAUGGGUACCAACUUCCUUGACUUUGUCAAUGAGGCUUAUAGAAUUCUUGCACCUCGUGGUGAGUUGUGGAUUGCAGAGAUCAAGUCCAGAUUUGCUGAUGGUAAAGGUGAGGAAUUCGUUAACGCAUUGAAACUUCAAGGUUUCUUCCAUAAGAACACCGAUGAUUCCAACAAAAUGUUCACGAGGUUCGAGUUCUUCAAGCCCCCUCAAGACAUCAUUGAAGAGAGAAAGGCUAAGUUAGAACGUAGACAGAAGUUCAUCGAAGUAGAAACUGAAAAGGAGGAGCUACAGAAGAAGAGACAAAAGGUGCCUGAGGGUAAAUGGUUGCUAAAACCAUGUAUUUAUAAGAGAAGGUAA